CCUGCUCCCAGACAGAAUUCUCAGGGCUCAGUUGCCUAAGAGCAGCACUGCGAUUCAGACGAUGGAGAAUUUUCUCACUCCUCUGAAAAGCCUUAGCGCCACAUGGCCCAGCUUCACCAUAUUUGCCAUGGACAUGGUCCUCGCAUUUGUGUGUGGACUGGGGCUGUACCUCCUGUUACUGCCCUGGCUCCCGGGUGAACCAUCCUUGCCACCAUCCAGGAGAAAUAGAACCAUCAAAAAGCGUCCAGUGCGGAUAAGGUGGAACAACAGGAGCAGGAAGAGGACAGGCGCACUCAGAGACUGCCAGAUUUAUCAGAAGUUAGACAAUACCCUAAGUUCCCUUCUGAGAAGCUUCCAGAAGCUGCUGCCUGAACAAGAAAGCCCUCAGCAGCCCCCACAUCCACAAUGUCUUCCUGCUGUGUGCACAAGCCCACCUGCCACAGCCCUGCAGCCACAUGGGAAGGAUGUGCACACCACCACUCUGUCUGUGGUAGAGGCUGCCUCCUCCCCUCCUACUCGGCACCUUCUACCUCUGGCCUCCUCUCCAUCGCCAGGCUGGUCCACAAUCUCUUCGGAUCUUGAGUGUUCACCCACAGCCCUUACUGCCUCUCAGUCCCCAGAGCCCCUGCUUCUGCUGGACAGAAUUUCACCCCGGCCACUUUCACACUCCCUCCCCCCAAUGGGUCCCUUCAAGUCUGCCUCAGGCCCCCAACCGUGGUGGGAUACUACAGAGAAGCCAAAUCAGCAGCUCAGUACCCAUCAACCCUCACAUCCCAAGAUCCCAGGGCUCCACUUUGAGCAGAAAUGGAACCAACCGUUCUGGGGUCUGCCCUCUCAGGACAACGAAUCCUUAGUGGCUGCGGCCUGGAUCUCCCCAAACCCUAGUGUUCCCCAGCUUCCCUCCUCCUCAUUUAACAAAACCUCACAUUUUCACCCAAUUCACCGGCAGAACAUGUCCUCACUGCUUCCCCAGGCCCAGGCCCCCUACUGUCUGGAACCCCAAUUGCCACCCCAAUUCCAGCCCCCACUUCUGGGUUAUGCCCUGACUCGGACCCACCCAUGGUCCUCUCCCCCAAUCCUGUUAUCACCUCCUGUGUCCCACAGCAGGGACUGUGGAGCAGCCUGCUCUGCACCCCAUAGCACCCCACAGUCUCAGGUUCCAACUGAAAUUCAACACCCAGGAUGGCCCUUGUCCACAAAACAACUGGAACGUGGGGGAGCUGUGCUCUCAGCAGUCCAAAGUGCUCAGGAGGGCCACAGCCGCCCUACUUCCAGCCUUCACCAAGGCAAGUAUGCUGCUGUCACCCUUCCUGGGACUUUUCUGCUCAGCCCUGAGGUCCAGGCACAGCUGGAGCAGCACAUUCAAAGGCAGACCACUGAACACAGUGGGGACCAGGCCAGCAGGACCCAGGGGUCUGCAGGACUCACUCAGCCUCCAAGUGACUUGACUCUUUCCUGGGAGGCAAAGGACAAGGCUGGGCCCUCCCAUCUGCGCCUGUCUACAGCUGAAAGCAGCCAGGAUGGGCAGAUGAGGUUCCAGCCAAGCACGAACCCGGUCAGGAAUCUGGGGCAUAUUCUAGGCAAUGUCCCAAAAGAUCUGUCUAGGGCCUCAGGGAGCUACCCCGACAAGGAUCAGGGGGUACCCUCUGAGGAGUCAGAGAGAACCCUGAUUGUUACCAGGGAGAGAGACACUGGUAAUGACUCCCCAGGAAGUGCUGACAGGGGGCACAUAGAGGAUGUGCUGAAAGUGCACUUGGGCACAAAGACCAGGCAGAUCCACCAGGGGCUGAUCCCGCUGAGAGUGCGCCUGUCCUGGCUCAGUGUCAACGGUGCCUUUUCCACCUCUGACACCCACGUGGGGACCAGAAAGCCAGCAUCCUCCAGGGCUCAGGAAACCUACAUGAAACCGACCCAGAAGUUUUCUGUCUGCGACCCAAGCUAUCUGCAGGACCUGGAGACGCAGAUCGGCAGGUUUAGGGUGAAGCACAGAUGGGGUCUCCCCCUCAGGCUCCUCAAGGCUGCAAAUCACUUCAAGCCCACAAAGGCGCAGUCCUUAUCCUUGCCACAGUUUUCCCCACCCUCCUCAUCUUCUAGGGAUUCUUGGGUAGACUUGAUCCUUGAGGAUGCGGAGUUCUUGGGGGAAACCCCUGAGGCAUUUCCUGAGGAGGAGGCCAGGGUCAGGGAGUCUGUCUCUCCACUGGGCAGUCCCCUGGUCUCCCCUCUUGCAUCUGAAGAGACCAACUUGGAUCCAACAGGUAUCCCACUGGCUGAUGGUCAGUGGUUAUCAGAGGGCCCCCUGUCUGGACAGGACAGCAAGGGACCCUCAGAGCAACUUACACACAGACUCAGAGGCACAACCCAUGACAGCAAGACUGUCCAAAUGGUCGGCGAGGCUGACCCAACAGUCCCCUUGCUUCCCGGAACAUAUGUUUCCCAAGAUGCAGGAGAGCCAGGUGAUUGGGCAGACAUCACGAGGACAUUUCAGCACACAGAGAUGGAGUCAAUGAACAGUUCUCAAAAGAGUGGCUCGGGGUCCCAAAUUCCAGACAGUUUGGUGUUUGUGGCACCCCAGUCCCAUCACCACAACAGGCCCGAGUCACAGAGGUUAGGUGACCUAAUGGCGCACAGAGGGAGCAGCCUGGGCCAGCAGAAGCCCAGGGACCCGAUGCACCAGUGCUCACAGAAGAGCCACAGCAGGACGUUUGCCCCCACUUUCAAGCAGGAGGUCAGCAGGGGGACUGGCGCAGAGAAACAUGAAGGCAGGCUGGGACGCUUGGCCUCCCAGGAUUGGAGAAAGCAAGGCCCCCUGGAGAGGGAGCACCCUCGGCAUCUCCCACAGAAGCAGCCAGUGCCUUCAGAAGGCCGCUUCCAAAGAAGCCUGAAGAAAUUUCUGCAGUGGUUUUUACCCACGAAAAAAAUGAAAGGGCAGGAAGAUGCCCCCAAAAAAGGCAAGCCUGCAGGGGCCACUGCCCGGAGCUGGAGACUGGCCCCAGGCAGACUGCGUGUGGACCGUGGUACUUAUGAGGCUCAGGUGCUCAUGACCCCAGUUGGGCAGAUGCUAGAAACUAAAAUCAGUUUUCCGUGUGAAGUUCGUGACCUGAAGUUGGAUCAGCACAGACAGGAAGGAGGUCAAGACUCGGUCUCCCAGGCUCCCUGCUCCUUAGAGCACAGAGGAGCAGCAGGAUAUGUUGUAUCCUCCGGGUAUCGCAGCCAUGGUCUCAGGGAGAGGCCCCCCCAGGAGUCCUUGAAAACUGGACAGCAAGGUUGGGGGCAGCAGGGCCAGAGGCUUCCCCACCCCUCAGUGCCCAUCAAGCCUGUGUCCCCUGACAGCCCCGCGCAGCAUGGCCAGCUGGCCUGUGAGCAGCUCUCCGCUGCUCAAUCCAGUCUUGCUCAGUCUGUGCUUUUCUCUCAGGAUAGCACACGAGCAGCCAUAUCCAUCAUAGCUACAACCAUCAUGGUGUCUGCCUUUGAACCAGGCCCCAGCAGUGAGACUACUGUACCCUCGGCUUUCAGCCUGGGAGUGACACCCACUUUUAGCUCUGCAGGACCCCAUGUACGGCUCCCCGCGCGCAGGGCCCAGGGCGCUCCGACCCGGCCACGGGGUGCUGCAGCCCGGCCCCGCAGGCAGGGAGCCGACCGCGCAGCCCCGCACCCCCAACCUCCGCGCCCCUCAAGACAGCGCCUCCCGCAGCGUCCGCGCUACCUGCGCCCUGGAGAACUCCGUCUGGGGGCCGCGCGGAGUGCGCAGGCGCCGGCGGCGGAGCCCGAGUGUCUCUCCACACCGCGCCCUCGCCCCGGAGACCCGCGCCGCUGCUCCGUUUCGCUGUUGGCGGGGCCUGGGUGCAGGGAGGUAGCGCGCAGCCGCCCGAGGCGCGAUCCUCGACGGUCUACACACACCCGAGUUGAGCGCGGCCCCGCGCCCCCUCGCGGUCUGCCCAGCCUAGCGGUCCUGGCCGCGUCUGCAAGGGAGCGGGGCCCCGCACUAAGCGCUGUGCAACGGCCUCCAGCGCGCGCACGCGCCACACACCGCCCUGCGUGCGCCCCCCCCCCCAGCCAAUCGCACCGCCUUCCCAGGCACGUGACACGCACCGACCAAUGGCCGCCCAAGGCGGCCCCUGACGCUGUAAGCGGCUCCCAGAGGUUUCGAAUCUGCGCGGGAGGCCAAGGGAGGCUGUAA